ACUGCAAUGCCGAAAAACAUUCUGCCAUGGAAAAUAUUUUGCACAAAGGCAUCGUCGCGAAAAUUUUCUGUGAGCAGGGAAUCCUUGUUGGCAGAUGUGCGUGACAGGUCAAAACGUCGCCAUGCCGUUGUGGAUUCUGUGCAGCUGCUUCUUCGUGAUGGUCCCUUGCGAGAAAGCCAGGAAGCUGCCAUUUGCGCUGCGGCUCUUUCCAGGCAAAAACUUUGGGAACAGGGUUUGCUCCUGAUCGCGAAGAAUGGUUUUUUGCAGGAGACCAAAGGACUAAAUGCGGCAAUCAACACUUGCCGCGCUGGAUCACAAUGGGAGAUGGCUCUGCAAUUGGGAAUGGAAGCAGUCUCCGCCUGGGACGAUAUCACCUACUCAAUGAUCUUGUCUGCUUCCAGCAAAGGCAGUGCAUGGGAGCUGGCACUUUACUUUCUGAAAAAAGCAAAAUCUUCUGGGCUUGAUGCUGAACAUGUGGUGAGCGCUGCAGUUGCUGCAUGUGGCCGAGCCUUCCAAUGGCAACAGGCACUGGUGAUUGCAAAUGGGUCAGGUGAACUUGCCCAAGAUGUUGCUGUUCUCUCUGCCAGCAUCGAUGCCUGUCGCAGGGCUGGAAAUUGGGAGGCGGCUUUGUCGGUUUUUGGCAGACUUCGAAUGUUGGGCUAUACUUCGGAACCUGGCGCUGGGGCUGUCGUAUUAGCUUUGGCAAAUGCUACUCGCUGGAUUGAGGCAUUGCAGCUAUUUCAGGCUGAAUUCCAGCAGGCAAAUGCAGAAAACCCUGGAAUUCGUAGCUAUGAAGCUGCAUUGCAGGCUUGUGCUCAAGGCAACAAUUGGCAGAUUGCACCAGUCUGAGUUCUGACCUGUCAAGUUGCGCUGGGUCUCCAACUGCCAGGAAGACUGCGUUCCUGCAUUCCGAUCUGGCUAAGGCCUUGAGCUUGUUGGAAGAAAUCGAGUGCAGGCAGCUUCCUCGGGACAAGCGCAGCUUCAACACAGCCCUGAGCGCUUAUCGAAGAACCAUGCAGAAAA